UGAUGAUUCUCUACUGAGUCACGAUUGGCUCUUCUGGCACCAUUAACUCUCUCCGAGCUGUGAUUGGUUGGCGGCUAUCCCAAAGCUUUCUCUCUAUACCCGCGCUUUUUGCAAAGAAGUGUCUCUGUCUGGGGAGAGGGUCUGUAUAUAGUGUAAAUAAAAGAAACCUUGAUCACUUUAUCCAGAAGAAACGUGCCGUACUGUUUGGGCCUGAUCGCAUAAAUCGGGUCGUUUUCUGCCUUUUGGUCGACAGUCUUUUCCAGGAUGUCUGAGGCUUCCCCCCGCUUCCCGUUUCCAUACCAACCGUAUUCCAUCCAGGAGCAGUUCAUGGAAUCCUUGUACAGCGCUCUAGAUCAAGGGAAGAUCGGGAUCUUUGAGAGCCCAACUGGGACGGGGAAGUCUCUGAGUCUGAUCUGUGGUGCCCUCUCCUGGCUGCGUGAUGAGGAGGAGCGUAAAAGGCAGGAGGCGGCUGUGCUGCUGGCUGUGCCGGGGGUCUCUCCCCACACGCAGCCCUCCUCUGCCAGCCGGGACAGCCCCCACUCUCCCAGCGAGCCAGGCUGGAUCACAGACUUCGUGCAGAAGAAGGCAGAGAGGGACCUGGUGAACAAGCUAAAGGAGGAGGAGCUGAGGAGGAAGAGGAGAGAGGAGCGUCUGGAGCAGAUUAGACACAACACGGGGCUGCGCUACGCAAUGAAACGCAAGAAGAGCAAUGAAGACUUGGAGGCUGUGCAGCUGCUCCAGCGCAGUCAGGAGAUGAUGACAUCAGAGGGGGGCGGGCUGGAGGACAGGGAGGAGGAGGAGCUUAUCGUGGCAGAGUACGAGAGCGACGACGACACAAAGAAGCAGCAGAAUAGCUAUGAUGAUGAAGACGAUGAUUUGGAAGAAGAGCAUGUGACCAAGAUAUAUUACUGCAGCCGGACUCACUCCCAGCUCUCCCAGUUUGUACACGAGGUCCAGAAGAGCCCAUUUGGCAAAGACACCAGACUGGUAUCACUGGCAUCUAGACAGAAUCUGUGCAUCAAUGAGGAGGUGCGACGGCUCGGCUCUGUGCAGCUCAUCAACGAGCGGUGCAUGGAGAUGCACAAGAACAAACACUCAGAAGGGAAGGCCCCUGAGGAUGAGGAGCCCCGGAAACGGAGGGGCCCGAGGAAGGCAGUGUGCCCGUUCUCGUCACCUCCGGCGAUGCAGACCCUCCGAGACCAGGCCCUGGCGCAGGUGCGGGACAUUGAGCAGCUCGUCACGCUGGCCAAGCAGAACAGAGCCUGUCCUUACUACGGGGGCCGCCUCGCCAUCCCUGCAGCACAGCUGGUGGUGCUGCCCUAUCAAACUCUGCUUCACGAGUCAACACGCCGCGCCUCUGGGAUCAAACUGAAGGACCAGAUUGUGAUCAUCGAUGAAGCUCAUAACCUCAUUGACACCAUCACCUGCAUCCACAGCACCCUGGUCACUGGAGCUCAGCUCUGCUGUGCUCACUCUCAGCUGACCCAGUACAUGGAGAGAUACAGGAGCCGACUGAAAGCCAAGAACCUGAUGUACAUCAAACAGAUCUUGUAUGUACUGGAGAGCCUGGUGCGAGUGCUGGGAGGCAAAGUUGGACAGAACCCCAAUACGCAGGUCGUAACAGAGCCAGGGACGGAGCUGCAGUCGAUCAAUAAUUUCCUGUUCAAGGCGCAGAUUGACAAUAUUAACCUGUUCAAGGUUCAGCGGUAUUAUGAGAAAAGCAUGAUCAGCAGGAAGCUGAGUGGAUUUGUAGAGAAGUUCCAGGGGGGCACAGUCCAGCCCACCAACAAGGAAAACCGCUCGACCGCGGGGCUCGAGAGAUUCCUGCAGUCCAUCAGAGCCGGGGGCGCCCCCGAGGUUCACUCUCCAGACCAGACGGGGGCAAUGGAGGAUGGGCAGCCCGGCAUGGCCUCUCCCAUGAUGCAGAUAGAAGGGUUCCUCUUCGCACUGACCAACGCCAACAAGGACGGGAGAGUGGUGCUGCACAGGCAGGGCUCGCUGGCUCAGAGCAGCCUGAAGUUCCUGAUGCUGAACCCUGCUGUCCACUUCUCCGCAGUGCUCCAGCAGUGCAGAGCCGUGAUCAUCGCAGGGGGGACCAUGCAGCCAGUGGCUGAUUUCAAGGAGCAGUUGCUGCUGUCUGCAGGGGUGGGGCCGGAGCGCAUUGCAGUGUUCUCUUGCGGUCAUGUGAUCCCACCCAACAAUAUUCUACCCAUCAUCCUGUGCAGCGGCCCCUCUGGGCAGCAGCUGGAGUUCACCUAUCAGAAACGGGACACGCCCCACAUGAUGGAUGAGACGGGCCGGAUCCUGUCCAACCUGUGCAACGUGGUGCCGGGCGGCGUGGUCUGCUUCUUCCCCUCCUACGAGUACGAGAAGCGGAUCCACGCUCACUGGGAGCAGACCGGGCUCCUAGCUCGCCUCUCUGCCAAGAAGAAGAUUUUCCAGGAGCCAAAGAAAGCCAGCCAGGUGGAGCAGGUGCUGGCGGAGUACUCCCGGUGCAUACAGCGCUGCAGCCCAUCUGCCGGCCCCCUGACCGGAGCUCUGCUGUUCUCGGUGGUUGGAGGGAAGAUGAGCGAGGGGAUCAACUUCUCAGAUGAGCUGGGCAGGUGUGUUGUCAUGGUGGGGAUGCCGUACCCCAAUAUCAAGUCCCCUGAGCUGCAGGAGAAGAUGGCCUAUCUGGACAAAACCAUGCCCAGAGUAGGAGGUGUGAGUCCGGGGAAGGCGCUGAUUGAAAACCUCUGUAUGAAGGCUGUGAACCAGUCCAUCGGCCGAGCGAUCCGUCACCGUGGCGACUACGCCAGUGUCCUGCUCCUGGACCAGCGGUACUCCCGGGCCGGCCCGCUCUCCAAGCUGCCCCAGUGGAUCCGGAGCAGCACCCAGGUGCAGCCUUCCUUCGGCCCUGCCUUCGCCUCGCUCCGCAAGUUCUUCAUGGAAAAGAAGACCCUGAGUAAAUCGUAGUGGCCCUGAGGAGCCUCAGCGAGGCAGGACCACGAAGGCAGCUGAAGACAGACUUGCCUCAGUCUGGCUGUUUUAAUAGAGAUGUGAUUGCAUGACAAACAACAGACACCUAGAGCUUGCUUUUGAGGUGCAAGCCAUACCCUUUUCAUACAGGACAUCACAUUCUCCACUGUUUCAGUUACCAAUCUCGGGCAGCUGUUAACGUGCAUUCUGAACACACUUCAAUGCUGCAUAGGACAUCAAGCCCUGGCAUCCCCUUCAGUCAGUGUGUGCAUGACUCUACCAUGUUCAGUUAACUAUCGAUGUAUCUGUUUUAUAAUACAUAUAUGCUUUUUCAAAGUUUUGGCAGUACAACUUGUCGAACUCCACAGAGCUCACACAAACUGUUACCAUUUCUCAAAAUUAAAAUUAAAAAAAUCGUGACCAAAGGGGAUGAAAUCAGCUCCAUAUCCUACAUUCCCAAACUCCAGGGUACGCUGGCCUUCGUGUAUGGAAAACAGUUCCAGGGAAAUGAUUUAUUAAUCCCAAAGUUUUGUUUUAAGUUUUCUUUAACAGCAAUCAACACUUAAAACAGCAGGUACCACUGACCAGUACUGGUUCCCUUCAGUAGAUACGUGCCUUUUGCAAUGCCUGUCUGGUUGGCCAUUUAAAUCUUGUAGAGUACAAAAGCAAGACCUAACUUAGGUACCUACAACAUGUUGUGUUGUCUUGAAGGCAGGCCCCACCGUGACUUAAGAAUUUGAGCAGGGCUGCCUGUAGACUGUAGUUUAAAAAAGAUUCUGUAAUUUUUCAGUAAAAUUCGGAAUAAACCGAAAUUGUGGAACACUAAUUAUACUCAGGAACGUCAGUGGAAUAUAAGUCAGCCCAUUAUUGGAUCUGCAUUUUUAAAUGGUUAAAUGCAUUUUGAUACUUCUUUGUACAUUUGGAUUGUUUUGUAGAAAUACUGAUUUUAGUAUUUUGGAAUCAGGUUUUUGUAAGUUACUCUGCCUUUGCAGUUGUUUUAAAGAAUGUUUGAAAAAAAAAAUACAGAACAGCGCUAUCUAUACAUGGCUCUGGCCAAAAGUGUUGCAUCACUUAGAAUUUUAGGAUUGAGAAAAAAUAUAUAUAUACUGGUAUGAACAUAAUUGAGUUAUUUUAUUUAACAUUACGUAAUCAAAGACUAUAAUCAAAAUUCAAUCGCAAAAAGCCUACCCGAAGCCAUAAUAGUAUUUUACGGAGACUUUAUGAAGCAAAAUUAUUCAGGGUGAUGCUAAACUUUUGGCCAUAGCUGUAUAUCAGAUGCAAAACAGUGACAAGUGUUUGUGUGAUUUCAGUUUUAUAUUAAAUACUCAAAUAUAAAAGCCUCCAAA